AUGACCGAGCAAAGAAAGAAGACACAGUGGAGCCCCGGGCUGCUGCUGCUCCUGCUCUGGGUCUCUCUGCAGACAGACUCCUCCCACCAGGCGGCCGCCGUCAACCUGCGGCGCUUCGUCGGCUGCGCCGUCCGUGAGUUCACCUUCCUGGCCAGGAAGCCCGGCUGUGGGGGGCUGCACGUCACCACCGACGCCUGCUGGGGGCGCUGUGAGACCUGGGAGAAGCCCGUCCUGGACCCGCCCUUCAUCGAGUCCCACCAGCGGGUCUGCACCUACAACGAGACGCGCCUGGUCUCCGUGAAGCUGCCCAACUGCCUGCCGAGCGUGGAGCCCACCUUCACCUACCCCGUGGCCCUGAGGUGCGACUGCAGCGUCUGCCUGACCAGCACCACCGAGUGUGUAACGUCUGUCUGA